AUGAAGAAGGUCAAGGUGGUAUUCGGAGAGUCGCGUCUGCUCAUUCCGUGCGGCGAUGGCAAGGACAAGGUGGAGCGUCUCGUGGAGGACAUCAACAAGCGCUUCCAGAGCCACCUCGGCGACCCCACCGCCCGGGCCAAGGAGCUCACCACGUCCGACGGCUUCCUCGUUAAUCCGCACGACGUAAUUGAUCACGUAAUCGACGACAGCGUGGUGCUGCAUGCGCUCGACUACGCGACCUGGCUCAAGGUCAAUCUUACUCUGCUCGAAAAGGCCGGGCACAACCUCAUGCGCCCCGACUACGCGGGCGGCAACUGGCGUCCGCCCUACCGCUACGCCGAGAUCGGCAAGCACAAGCACAACAAGAUUUACAUCAAGAUCGGCUCUGCUUCCGAUGUCGUGGAUCGGCUGGAGCUGUUCGAUCUCGAGAGCCUGCGCACGUUCGGCAAGGAGAACGACCGCGCCCUGAUUGCCCACAAGGAAGUCAAGGAGACCACGGACGGCACCGCCUGGGAUUGGUCCGUGCAGGUCCACUUCAUCAUCGAAAAGGGCGUCGUCGUUGCUGCCGAGCUCUCCGUUCGGAGCACCAGUGAUGCUCGUCCUCAGAUUGAGGUGGUGCCCAUCAACGGAGACCUCACCCUGGGCGCUGCCGUGGUGAAGCAGACCGCCUCCUUCCCCAAGCCGGCGAAGGCCUACACGCUUCCCGAGACCAAGACCGAAGGACCCGCCUACGACGCCAAGGACUUCAUUUCUGCCCACCUCGCGCCUUCGGGCAUCGUUGAGAAUCCUGUGCCCGAGAAUGUUGCCAAGGGCGAUCUGGGCAUCGAAAUCAAGCAGAAGGACGCCACCCAGCCCGACCAGCUGGGCCUCGGGUGGAAGGUACUCGAAUCUUUCUACAACCACCUUGCCCUUUUCAAUCCGCUCGAGAAGGACGUCGCAAUCGUCAAGGUCAAGUCCGAGUACGAGAAGGACGGAGAGUGGAUCGAGAUGAAGACCAGGCUUGGUUCGAAGAGCGGUUACUACCGCUACUCCAUGGGCUACCACGAUGACGGCUUCGUGCUCGAGCCCAACCAGAGGCUCAACCUUGCCAUUGAGAGCGCCGUCGAGGUCAAGGCUGCCCAGUACGAUCGCGAAAGGCGGGCACACCACUCGCUUCCCUCUCCGUUCCGCAUCCGUAUCACCAUCGUUGACAAGGAGGGCAAGAGCUCGCAGCUGGUGAUCGAGCACUCCAACCAACCGCUCGUCCUCCCCACCAAGGAGUCGAGGGACAAGUCGGAGGACCGCGUCUGCGACUUCUGGAUCUCUGCCGACGACAUCGACGGCGAAGCUCGCGUCUGGAUCGAGGCCUACCACGUGCCCGAGGAGCACCGCGUGCAGUUCGCGAGCAAGCCCUCGGACAAGAGCAAGUACUGCUACAAGGACGACCUCGACUACCUCUUCUACCUCGCCAAGAAGGACAACAAGACCGAGAUCGAGGUCGAAGAGCUCACCACCCAGGAUGAGGGCCGGGGAUACUCGCAGAAGGCCACCGCGCUGGUGGACCUGGAGAACAACUGGGUCUACGCCUUCCGCUUCGAGAUCAAGACCAACACCUCCACCACCGUCGGCCACUACCUCCUGCCCGACCUCACCAAGGCCUGA